AUAAAGGUUGGUGAAAUUAUCGGCGUCCAUUUUUGUAUAAACUGCAGUAUGCUUUCUAUGAGUACAGUAUGGUAUAAAUGUUUCUUGAUAAUUCUAAUCAGCACAUCUGUAACAACGGUCACAAAAAUUAAAGCCAGAGAACGAUUAAAAUGUCAAAGCAAUGGCAGACGAAGGUCUGUUCACGAAGCGCCAUCUAUAAGACAUGCAUUGGAUUAUCAGAACAAUGUGGAACUGGUGCCACAGAUUGAAAAGAAAAACUGCCAGGGCAAUACGGUUAUAAAGUUCAAGGAGAAUGUAGAUGGUAAAAAUAUAUACGAUGCUAGUGUGACUGUUACAUUCAACAAAGAUAUGGGUGGUGUUGAUGCCACCGGAGAUUUGUAUGAAGAUAUCAAUAUGGACGAACUCAAGGAAAGACAAAAAAUUACAGCACCAAAUGCUUUGGAAAUAGCUAUAAAUCAUAAUAACGAUAGUCACAGUUCUAUAUCCAGAGUUUCACAAAUACUGGAUGUGUUUUUAGAUGUAAAUUUGAAAUCCUAUUUAGCAUUUUUCAUAAAUUACAUAUCAGUAUCAAAUGGAGAACCAAAAAGACCUUUUGCAGUUGUUGAUGCUCAUAAUGGAAGCGUCCUUUUCGCCCUGGAUAUAUUGGAUACAUGUAAAUCUUCACUGAAAGCUUACGGGGGAAAUACUAAAAUAGGUCGUAUAGACUAUGGAAAGGCACCUAAGUGUUUAAAGCUACGAAGACAGGGGAAGUUCUGCCAUUUAGAAAACAAGUUUGUUCGUGUAAUUGACAUGAAUUCAAGCAUGAACGACAACAUUACUAAAGCUGCUAAAUUCUUAUGUAAAAAAACAUAUAACGAUUCUGUGAAUGGAGCUUAUUCGCCUGCUAUGGAUGCACUGUUUUAUGGAACAGCAAUUGUGCGAAUGUUUACAGAUUGGUACCAAGGAACUCCCCUUAAUAAACGUAUAUUAUUACGUGUCCAUUAUAGUGCAAAUUUUACAGAUGCUUUCUGGGACGGAAAAUAUUGCACUUUCGGAGACGGUAGUGCUAGUAUAUAUCCAAUGGUAUCGUUAGAUAUAGUAGGUCACGAAAUAGGUCACAGCAUUACAGAACAAUUUUCAAAUCUUCUUUACAUGGGGGAAUCCGGAGGCAUAAAUGAGGCCUUCUCGGACAUGACGGGGGAAGUGGCAGAGGACUAUAUCGACAAGGCUGAUUGGAUGGUUGGAUUCAGUAUCACACGAGAUGAACAUGCAAUACGAUAUUUCAGCAAUCCAUUUAAAGAUAACGCAUCUAUCACCCACAUACGGGAUUACAUAGAUGGUAUGGAUGCUCAUAUUAGCAGUGGGAUAUAUCGUCGUGUAUUUUAUAUUUUAGUGAAUCAAUUUAGUAUUCCCAUAAGAAAAGUUUAUCAGGUGUUUCUCUUCGCCAACCAAAUGUACUGGCAUAAAAUGACCACUUUUGUUGGUGGUGCCUGUGACGUCCUGAGGGCUGCAUUAGAUCUAGGUAGUCCUGUGGAUGUGUACUCAAACGCUUUUCAACUAGUUGGUAUAACUGCUUGUGACGUAAAUGAUCAUAUAUUCUGGUUAAGAGACGGUGAGGAGUACAGUGGAAUUUAUGUGUCAGUUGACACGCAACCCAUAUUUGGAUUUUCUUCCCCCGCAUGGGCCGGAAGUAUAAAAAUAAAAACUACUAGUGUACUUCCUGUAAAUAUAACAUUGUAUAACGCUGGCAGUUUAUCUCGCGGUAACUAUUACGUACUGAAAUCUGGUAGAAAAGAAUUAACUUUCUCCCUCUCUGAACAUAAGAAUACCAAUUUCUUCAUUCAUCUUAGUUCCCAAACGAGGUAUAUGAUUGAUAAUGUUGUUCUUGUCGCAAGCUAUGGUUGUGUCAAAAAUUACACAAAACAUCAUUAUUUUGAUUAUUUGAAUUAUAUGAAAGACUGUAUGGGGAAUAAUGGACGCAAAACAUGAAUAAAUUGAAGGUUAGAUCAUUCUGGAUAUUAAUGUGGAUAAUAUGUGCUUCUCGCCAAACCAUUGAUGGGUCCGUCCAAGCAAACACGUUCGCCCCUGGCAAAUGGGAACCGAUAGUGAUUUAUCCACAUGACUAUUCACCUAAUCACCAACACAUACAGAGUGGCAUUUGCGUUAUAUCUCGGACUAUUAUCAACGCAAGAAUAUCGGAUGCUGGAUAGCGAGACUUGUGUAGAGAAUGUGACAAUGGAAGAAAUUGCAACUUAGUGGGAUUGUUGGUUGAGGAAAAAGGGGAGAAGCCAUCCUAAUUUCAGAAUUUUUCGACCCCAAGUCGUGGAGUUAUUUCCAUUUUACUUUGGACUUUGAAUCUUGUGAACUUAUCAGUUUUUAAUUGGAAUUUGUGUUUUCCCGUAUAAAAUUCGUCGCAGAACAUGGUCCCCGGUGGACACUGGUGAUAUUGUUGGUCAAGAAUUAUAAGUUUCCCAUUUGGGAUAGGACCCAUUAAGCUUAUGAACGCGAUACAGAACAUGGACUUUUCACUCUUCUUGGUAGCCUAUCUUGGUAAGUUAAGAAGAAAAAUUGGCUAACUUCCAGAAAUGUCUGUUUUAGACUUUUAUAGCUUGUGAACGUGUACAGCUGAUCGCCAUACUGUGAACACGGUACAAAACUGGGCUCUUCAGUGGAAUUUUGAAAAUUAGGUGGGGUUGCUCUCAUUGAUUUAUUAUUUUAUGGUUAGCGAGAUUUGUUAAUGGGGGCAUUAGGUAGUAAGUACCCUAUUUAAAUUUCAAAUUUCCGAUGGCAAUAUCCUGAGUUGUAGAAAUGCUGAUAAUGUAUCACUUAAACAUACAUUAUGCAAGAACUAAAUCUGCCUAUUGCAGGUCUUUCUUUAGGCCCGAAAUGUUAUAUAAACUAAUAAUUAGACAUUUAUUAAACAUGACAAGACCAUAAUCAACUCUCGAUGCCAUCUGAUGGGUCCGAUUUUCAUUAGAUUUGAAUCCAAUCUGUCGUUCAACGGCUGUCGGUGAAUGAUUAACCGUAAAAAUGGAUAAUCGAGGCGGUAACAAUGACAAUCGAGGCUACGGUGUAUUUAAAAUGAGUAUUUCUCGGCUCAGAGUGAAGUAAUUUGGCUGAACUUUUUAAGCAUAUUCCGGUCAUAUCUAUAUUUUUUAACUAUUAUAGCGAAAACAGUCAGCUCCUUAUCUAAUCUUCCAUAAUGUCGCUUUAAUGUUCGUUUAUAAUUUGUCAUGAUUUAUACGCUGUUGUAUUUUGGUUAAAA